UAUAAAAUUAAUCACGUUUAUAGAAAUUUGUCUACGUUGCAGUGCAGUGCCUUAAGGGUUAAACGUGUACAGGAAGUUUAUCCCAGGCGUGUAUAAAGACGCUUCCUGUCCUCUUCUUGAAAGAAACAUAUUUUGAAACAUUCAUGGCUUGACGUUAUAUCAAGAUACACGAAGCAAAUAAACAGCAGCCCAAGAUGAACUACGUACCAGGGACGGCAAGUCUCAUUGACGACAUCGACAAGAAACACCUGGUCCUGCUCCGAGAUGGCAGGACACUGAUCGGUUACCUCAGGAGCAUUGAUCAGUUCGCCAAUCUAGUUUUUCAUCAGACAGUUGAGCGCAUCCAUGUGGGGAAGAAAUUUGGUGACAUCCCCAGAGGAAUAUUCAUUGUGAGAGGAGAAAAUGUGGUCCUGCUUGGAGAGAUAGAUGUGGAUAAACCCUGCGACACAGUCCUGCAGCAGGUCUCCAUCGAAGAGAUUCUGGAGGAGCAACGGUUGAAGCAGCAAGCCAAACAAGAGACGGAGAAAGUCAAGAUGCAGGUCUUGAAGGACCGAGGCCUUUCCGUCCCCAAAGCUGAUAACUUAGAUGAAUACUAACACCGCCUUGAUUUCAUGAGCCUCUCUUUCAGUUUGUAUUGGACUGACAAGUUUUAUGUUGAAUUUGAGAGAGCAUGAGUGUCUUUUUUUUUUUUUGUUUUUUGUUUUUUUUUUAAUGAGUACAAGGCAGCGUCAUGCUGGACAUCUAUACUGUAGUGUACUGAAUUUCAUUUGAAUCACCUGAAGAAAAAACAUAGUGAUAGCUGCUCUCAGUUUUGCAGAUCAUGGCAGCAAAACUAAACUUCAUGUAUUUGUCUAAGAUCACUAUAAUGGCAAUUUAGCAAAUAUUCUACAGCAGCACUUUCUAUUUUGUCACAAACAUGGCGAGUGUUUUUAUUUGGAGAUAUAUAGGCCUGCUAUUGACAAAAACUACUGGCUAUGCUCCAUUAAAGUGUUUAGUUUUUCAUUAGAGGAAGACCUGCUUGGAAACAUCUGUGUCCUCACAUUAUCUGACUGUCUUUCUGUUUAUUCUGUUGUAUGUAAUGCAUUAAAGGUUGAAAUCUUUGGGUAAA